CAGUUAAACAUGCAUACCGGUAGUAUAUCCACUCAUGAAUGAAAGGUAAUGUCAAACUGUGAUAAAUCACCAAACCRUGUCCUUGAGUUUGUUUUCGCAGGUCAGGAGAACUGCUGAGAGCUAGAUGACGUGGCAAUCCAUGACUAUAUUUUGGACUGAGGGAAAGAGAAAAAGCUCCAGCCAGGGAUAAGUUGUUUUUGAGGAAGUAUUUUUCUACCCACGUAUUGCAAUACCACAACUAACCACUAGGCCCCUUUGAUCCAUUCACCCCCAGGUCAGACAGUCAGAAGCACUGGCUGUUGCCAAACAACCCUAGAUCCACAUAGRCAAAAUUUGCUCUGAGUGGCUGUGGGGGGCACACUGUCUGAAGCUUUGGGKCACAGCAUUAACGGUCAUGUUGAAACAACAAAGUGUUCCCAAUCUUCCCAUGCAGUAUUAUCAUUUUUAGAAACCUUGCCAGGAGAGAAAAAAGCCUGCACGCACGCCUGCCCGCCACAAGCUUUUGGGCUGAUUGCAUCUCAUUCUCCCUCUCUCUCUCCCUCCAUCUCUCCCUCUUUAUCGCUCUGUUUUUCUUCUCCCCCUCUCUCUCUCUCUCUCAUACCCAUCCCUUCUACUUACUGCAAUUACMGCUUUGGAGCCGAAACUAUAAUAACAGCAUAAUGGGAUGAGGAAGCUGCAAUAAAAGCCUCCWCUGACAGAUUAACAAUCCCGGGCUUCUGAACUGUAAUUAACAAUGAAACUGGCAAGAAGAGGGGGAGAGAGAGAAAGACCGAGACAUGGUGGGACUGGAUAACUGGGCUACUCAUUUCUUAUAACUGAAUGAAAAGAUUUCAGUAAGUACUAGGAGUGGGACAAAUGGGUUACAUUUAUGUAGGACACACACUUAGRAGACAUGUCACAGUUAUGGAAAUAACUAAAGGGAAGACAAAUGAGACCAUGUCAGUCAAAUAUGACAAGCCAAGGAAUUAGUAAACUCCAUCUAUCACUUUUUUGCUUUCAAUAGCGACUGGGUAUGMAACGGUGGUUUGAUAUGUUUGAACAGGAUACUUACCUGAGGAUAGAAGGGAGGCCUGUGCAAACAUUUUUGUGGUAGGGAGAAUCUCCAGAAAAAUGUCUUUGCGUGUGUGUACUGAAUUGAUGAGGGAGAUGUCCAAUAACACACACCCAUCACUUUGGUGGCACCCCACCCACUAGCUCUCACAUGCGACCUCUCUCUCCCUCUCUCACACACACAUUGCAUUGCACACUGAAGUUACUGUCCCACAGUUCUGGAUUAAUAUUUUUCUUGCCAAGGAAUGAAAGAAUGGCAUCAGACCUUUUUGCUAUAGUGGACGUUUUUCCCUCUGAUAUCCAUAUAAAAAGAAUUAAGAGGAGGAUUCAUUUUCUAAGGAUGGGAUUGUACCAAAGCUUACCCUAAACUCUAUAAUAUAUUUACACUUCUGGAGAAGUUGUCUAUCGGGAGUGCAAAUACCUCUUUCAUAGAGGAUUUUUAUUAUAUUAUAACUUUUAUGUAGUGUGAGAAUUUGAGUAGCCAACCAUGCUGCUUGGUUUACAUCUCAAMAUKUUCUCAAACUUGUAUCAGGAAUCUCUAUAGCAUUCAGUUCUUAGACUUUUGAAGGAACACGUAUGGACAGUCAUUAUUUUCUAUAUGCUCAGAAAUGGCUCUCGGAGAAAAUGAUCAAAUAAACACUUUUGAAAUAAUUGUAACCAACUUUAUGCUAAUACGCCAUAGGCUGAGCUUCUCUAUUCUAGCUGUAUUUGUUUUAUACUAUUAUUUGCCUAUUAUUUUUACAAACGUUGGACAUUUUCUUUAGAAGUGUAUUUCUGGGGGUUGAUAGACAGUCGCCAAGAUAGCAGAGUAACAGGUCCUCAUUGCGUAUUGGACUGCACCGGACACUACACAGACUGAAAGAUUCCUAAAGAYUUCAUAUGGAGCCGAGUGAGCCCCUAAAUCCAUCUGACCACCGGACUAUGUGGUUUACCCACCUCGCCCUGCUGCUGCUCCGGCUGGCGGUGUCCGCCGAGGGGCUCUCCACCUGCCAUUCUUUACGCAUGGAUGAUCAGAAAUCCAAGCGCAUCGAGGCCGUCCGCGGCCAGAUCCUCAGCAAGCUCCGCUACCGGAGCCCACCCGAGCCCCCCGCACCAAGCCCACAGCCCGAGGCCGUACCCGCCGAGGUGAUGCUACUCUACAACAGCACCAGAGGAGCUGUUGGAGGAGCGCGUCAGUCCAAUUCCGCGUGCGACCGAGAGAGCAGCGAGGAGGAUUAUUAUGCAAAAGAGGUUCAGCGCAUAGACAUGUUUAAGCAGCGCACGGACACAAAUGCAGUGAACCCUCCAGUCCCCAGCCCGUAUUACAGAGUGGUGGGGUUCGAUGUGAGUGGUGUGGACAGGAACUCCAGCACCCUGGUCAAAGCUGAGUUCAGAAUCUACAGGACACCAAACCCCCAGGCCCGCACCUCAGAGCAGAGAGUAGAGAUCUAUCAGGUGAUAAAACCAGAAGAGGCAACAGGUCCCUCGCAGAGAUACAUCAACUCCAGAACGGUUCGCCCACAGACCAAGGGUUCUGCUUGUUGUAGAACCUGUUUAUGUUAUGUAAAGAGACACAUACCUCUUAGUCUGGAUGAUGAGCUGCUUCAGCAGCAGUUGCGGAGGCCAGGGUCAGGGCUGGCUAAGGGCCAGGUAGAUUUUAGUACCAAGACCCCCCACCUCAUCCUCACCUUGCGGCCCAGCGACAGGGUCGACAACCCAGGCAAGAAGAGGGCCACCGCAGACACCAACACCUGCUCCAGGAACUCCGACGUGGACUGCUGUCUGCGAUCUCUCUACAUCGACUUCCGCCGGGACCUGAACUGGAAGUGGAUCCACGAGCCGAAGGGCUACAAGGCCAAUUUCUGCUCUGGCAGCUGCCCAUACCUCUGGAGCGCUGACAACCACUACAACAUGAUCCUGCCGCUGUAUAACAAGCUGAACCCUGAGGCGUCAGCAUCUCCGUGCUGUGUACCUCAGGACCUGGAGCCUCUGACCAUCGUUUACUUCAUGGGCCGAACGCCCAAGGUAGAGCAGCUCUCCAACAUGGUGGUCAAGUCCUGCAAGUGCCGCUGACGCAGGAGCCCAGCGGCGGGCCAGGAGGCGGGACUUUGACUAGAACUACAACAAACUACCACUUUUGGUCCUCAAACAAAUAGGACAGACUGACUAUCUCUAGAUACUCAACCCUUCAUUUCACUAUGACACAUUUUACAGUCUGGCACAGAUUAUUUUUAUCUCACACGCAUGAAACUCUGAAAAUCGUUGUCAGCAAUGGGUCUUUUCCCCACUUUCAUAAGGUCGAGAAUAUUGUAAAUAUUGAAUUCCUUAAUAGCUUUAAAAAUCUGAUAUUAAAGUAUUUCAAUUGGAAAUACAAUGUGUUCUUGUUGCAUAAGACUGAUCUCUACCAAAUUGACUGAAGGGCCCAGUAACUCAGUUAAGAUCUGUGCAUAUUUACUGAAGGGCCCAGUAACUCAGUUACUUAAGAUCUGUGCAUAUUUACUGAAGGGCCCAGUAACUCAGUUACUUAAGAUUGUGCAUAUUAACUG